AUGCAUGCCACUGUGGCCCACUACUGGGCCGUCAAUGCUUCCGGUGGGACGUCAACAAACCAGGAUCCGCUCAAGACCUACGAGGAGACGACAAAGUGUGGGAAAGAGCGAGACGAGUGCGAGAAAGGCAAGGCGGCCAAUCAGCAACAGCGCAAGUGGAGACAAAGUCGACAACCCGCCUGGAACACUUCCUACAAUGGUGCGAAGAUCCGUCCUACCGCCACCAGGCGUAUUUCCAGUUGUACCACGUCCUUAUGCGCCACUAGGAUGGUUGUGAUCGAUAAAGAUAGUAAGAGUGGUGAUUGUUUAAAAUGGGGUGAUAUAGUUAAAGGUCCAGCCAAGAUCACACCUAUUGGAUUGUCACUAGAAGUAACGAGAAUGAUGAAGGUGGUGCUUGAGCCGGAAGAUCCAUUCGUCGCACUCCACAGUAGAAAGUUGCAAGCAAAGUAUUACGCUCCGUGA